CCCGGCUUUCCGUCCUUAGUUACUGUGACUCAAGAUCAAAGCCACCCUGGUUUCUAAUUGCCGCAACUGCGGCUCCAGGUGGUGGUGACUGCACAGCCACUGAGGCACUGUCCGCAGCUGCGCGCCGGACUCAGACGGCAAUAUUUACGGUACAGAAUACCCGCCCGCGCAACGGUAUUUACGGUAACGGGAACCAGCUUGCGCGGCAGUAUUUACGGUAACGAAAGCCAAGCCAGGCUGCUGUAUUUACCGUAGCGAGGGCUGGACCGGCGGCGGCAUUUACGGUAACGGGGGCCGGGCUCGCGGAGGCCGGUCGGCUCUGCCCGCUCUGGGCGUUAUCAAGUGAUCUCCAGCCAAGUCGGCCGCCACCCCCUGCACUCAGCGAAAAAUGCAAAAUGGCCCUCUGGGGCAGUGAGGGGCCGUGGCCCUCGGUCCGGGCCCCCCGCACCCCCUUUUCGCAGCUGGCGGCCGGCAGCGCCGAACGGGGUCCGUGUGCAGCCCCCUCCCGCCCCUCCUCAGCGGCGCCAGCCUGAACCGGGCGCGGGAACCAGGCCGCUCUCGGCGACCAACCAGCCCUAGUCCCGCGCUCCCUGCUCAGUGCCGCGCCCACAUGGGUCUGUGCUACAGUCUGCGACCGCUGCUUUUUGGGGGCCCAGGGGACGACCCCUGCGCGGCCUCGGAGCCGCGGGUGGAGGACUCGCAGCCCGCUACGGCCCCGGCCCCGGCCCCGGCCAUAGUCCGGGCGGCCGCAGAGGACACGGCCCGGACCCCGCUCCCUCGGGGCGGCGGCGGGAGCCCGGCGUGUGCUCGGCCCAAAGCGGACAAACAGAAGGAGAAGCGGCGGCGCACCGAACAGCUGAGCGCCGAGGAGCGCGAGGCGGCCAAGGAGGCAAGGAAAGUGAGCCGGGGCAUCGACCGCAUGCUGCGCGAGCAGAAGCGCGACCUGCAGCAGACGCACCGGCUCCUGCUGCUCGGGGCUGGUGAGUCUGGGAAAAGCACGAUCGUCAAACAGAUGAGGAUUCUGCACGUCAAUGGGUUUAAUCCCGAGGAAAAGAAGCAGAAAAUUCUGGACAUUCGGAAAAAUGUUAAAGAUGCUAUCGUGACAAUUGUUUCAGCGAUGAGUACUAUAAUACCUCCAGUUCCGCUGGCCAACCCUGAAAACCAGUUUCGAUCAGACUACAUCAAGAGCAUAGCCCCUAUCACUGACUUUGAAUAUUCCCAGGAAUUCUUUGAUCAUGUGAAAAAGCUUUGGGACGAUGAAGGCGUGAAGGCAUGCUUUGAGAGAUCCAACGAGUACCAGCUGAUCGACUGUGCACAAUACUUCCUGGAAAGGAUCGACAGCGUCAGCUUGGUUGACUACACACCCACAGACCAGGACCUCCUCAGAUGCAGAGUUCUGACAUCGGGGAUUUUUGAGACACGAUUCCAAGUGGACAAAGUAAACUUUCACAUGUUUGAUGUUGGUGGCCAGAGGGAUGAGAGGAGAAAAUGGAUCCAGUGCUUUAACGAUGUCACAGCGAUCAUCUACGUCGCAGCCUGCAGUAGCUACAACAUGGUGAUUCGAGAAGAUAACAACACCAACCGGCUAAGAGAGUCCCUCGAUCUUUUUGAAAGCAUCUGGAACAACAGGUGGUUACGGACCAUUUCUAUCAUCUUGUUCUUGAACAAACAAGAUAUGCUAGCAGAAAAAGUCUUGGCAGGGAAAUCAAAAAUUGAAGACUAUUUCCCAGAAUAUGCAAAUUAUACUGUUCCUGAAGAUGCAACACCAGAUGCUGGAGAAGAUCCCAAAGUUACAAGAGCCAAGUUCUUUAUCCGGGACCUGUUUUUGAGGAUCAGCACGGCCACCGGCGACGGCAAGCAUUACUGCUACCCACACUUCACCUGCGCCGUGGACACAGAGAACAUCCGCAGGGUGUUCAACGACUGUCGCGACAUCAUCCAGCGGAUGCACCUCAAGCAGUACGAGCUCUUGUGAGGGCGCUGCCGCCACCCCGCCACGGAGCGGCGCCCGGGACUGCCUGUCUGCCGGCCCACGCCAUGGUAGGAGGCAGAGUCUCUAGUUCCAUCUCGCUGCCGUCUGUCCUGUUCUGUGUCGACCACCAAGCCUCUGGCUACCUCUGUCCCCUCAGGUUUGGUUGUGUAGCUUCUGUUGUCAUUGAAUACAACCUUCCGCAGCAUCCCACCCCGAAACCACUGACUCUCACUUGCUGACACUGCAGCAGAAUCUCUCCGGGUGGGGGCCCCUUUAUUCAUUCUCAUUUAUUGAUUCAUUGAGGAGAAUCUGGUAGAUGGGGAGAAAACGCGUUUGGGUUUUUUCAUGUUAUCAAGCGUUACUGCAAGAGGUAUGUCCAGUGCCCCCAGUGCCCCCUCUGAGUUUCCCUUUAUGAAGCUGCAGGCUGACAAGCAAUGGUCCCUUCCCAUCAGCCUUGGCCCAAGACUUAGAGUCGACCCCAAGCAACAGAGUGACCAGAAACCCUUUUACAGUCACAUUUGGAGUUGCUGCUGGCCUCAGGCAUUUGAAUUACAGCUACUUUGAGCCUCUUACCUUUAGGCAGAAAACCUACCACAUUCACUACUGCAAAAGUGUCCUGUCUAAAAAUGAUUCUCUAAACUUUCACUAUAUUUAGGCAUAAUCUUCUUAGAUUCUCUUUGUUGUUGUCCUAUUGCUGGUUUGUUAUACUGUACAGACCACAAAAUGUAACAUUCUUUUGUAUAACUACUAAAGAAAAAUCCUUGUAGAUCUUUGUGCCUUUACCAUGGCUAUCUAUACCUGUACAUGAAAUGUGUUUGUAUUGUGCUGAAUAGCUUAAUGUCAACAUUACCUGCUGCUUACUCUGAAAAAAGGAAUGAAUGGUAGCUGUAGAAUUUAGGAUAUUUUAUCGGUUGGCACUUUAUAAAAUACUCCUUGAUUUAAAAAAUUGUAAGUUAUACACAUUCAUCAUCCACAUUCUACCAACAAUGUCGUACCAACAUCACAAGCUGUUGCAACCACCUGCUCCUACUUCUCUGAGCUGUAAAAACCUGAACUCAAUUCACUGGUACAAAUUGCAAUCUAAUCUUUUCAGAGAACCAGGGAUUUUCUUUUUCUCUCUCUCUAGACAGUAUGUUUCCUAAUUACUCUGCUAAUGAAAGACUUCUUCAACUUCCCUAAGUGGGAACAGGGCAAUGAUUCCCUUAGUCAAAACUCUGGACACAGGCUACAUCAGACAAGUAAACAAAUGGCAAGAGAAAAACAAAACAUGAUGUGUCGACGUUUGUGUCUGGCCUAAGAGAGUAAGGAUGACAGCUUCACUUGCCUUUUGAAGAAGAAACAUUGCAAAACCUUAAUUUGAAGUAUAAUGUCAAAAGAUAUGGCUCUUUCUCACCCUUGCAAGAUUACAAAUACAGCCUCAAACAUUAUGCACACAAACAAUAUCUAGAAAGUAGGAACUGUUGUAGUGAUGACGUUUCACAUACUAUCUGUAGCCACAGUGUUGAGGGUAGUUUUUGUAGGUCUAAAAUAAUCUGUAAAGAUGCCCAAAGUUAAAUUUUCAACAAAACAAAUCUAGAGAAGUGA